UACUUUCUUUCUUUAUAAUCCAUGAGUUGACUUAUUUAAGUUGGUUAGACUAUCCAUAUAUGGGUCAACUUAAUUGAUAAAACCCAAAAUAAAAAUAAAACAAACCCGAGACCUAUUUUACAUGCUUCCUCCGAAAAAAAACCCCUUCGAGAAUUCAUAUUCAAAAGCAUCAAAGAUGUCAGCGCACCAACCAAUCGAAAUCCAAGCACAAAUCAUGAAAAGGCUUCCUGUGAGAAUAUUGAUUCAAUUAAAGAUGGUAUCAAAGGCAUGGAAGGCACUGAUCGAAAGCUCCGAAUUUAUGGCCGAUUACAACAUCUCCCAAACUGGACCAAAUCAUCUAUUUAUAAGAUACGGAGAACCAAGAGUUGUCGGUAGUUCUCAAGGGUUGUUUUGCCUUCAUGGCUACUCAGGUGUCGGGAGUCUCUUGCUGUGCUUGAAUUCUAUCAAGAGGCCGAGGCCCAGAAGCAAGUUUGUGCUGUAUGGAUGAUGAUGACCAUGGAGGAUGGUGUUCAAAAAUCGUUUUCAAAGCUAUACACUAUUAGCACACAAGAUGCGUCAAUAUUAAUGGUACCUGCGUUUAGGAACUGUGGCAAACCUAUCGUGGGAACAAGAAGAACAUUGGAUGAAUAUGACGAAGGAGCGUUGCUUUCAGUUUAUGAACCAUACUCCAAAAACAUCCAUAGUCUUGGGAUUCACAGAGUACAUACUUCAUUGACAUUGUUUGUGAGCUCUUACGCGGAAACUCUACUUCUUCUUGAUCAACCGGGCAAGCCUAUUCCAUACCGAAGUCGAACCAUUCAUUGAGUUGUGGUUAUCAAUAUGUAGUUAUCCGUCGUGCUUUAGUGAUACUUAUCGAGUUAAGAUCGAGUUUUCUUAGUAUCUUUGGUCCAUAUGUUCAUGUAACAAAAACUCAGAAAUCUAUACAUCAAUUUUGUGUAUUCCAUUUGAUGCUUAUUUUUUUUUUGCUUUUA